GGCCUCUUGGGCUACCAACUUAGAGGUCCGAAACCGAACCAAACGACCCGAUUCUGUUUGAAGGCGCAGGGCAGGAGGCGGAGAGGUUCAGACUUGGAGUUAUGGAUUUACAGCAACACCGAUAGAUUGAAACCUUUCCAAAGUCGAUCGAGAAGGAGAUUUCUAUAAUUUCUUUCUCCUAUCGAUUUGUUAUUUCAAUCAACAUUAACGACGUUACCUUCAGUUUGGGAGGUUCCAUACUGAUUGGAAUUGGAUGUGAGUUGUAGGUUUAGUGAAUCGAUGUUGAGCCGGGAGGAAAUGGAUAUUGAUAAUGUAGUGGAUGUAUCUGAAUCAAUGUUCAACCGGGAAGAAAUGGAUAUUGAUAAUGUAGUGGAAGUACCUGACACACCUGAUAGGGUAGCUGCCCGACGACAUGUUACUGACGGUGAAUCUGUUGGAAAAGGACGCGAGUCAUUUUUCGGUCGUAGGACUAAGGAUAUUUUUUAUGAAAACCCUUCAAAUGGACUGAGGUCCAGGGAUAAGUUUGUCCCUGAAAAUGGACGUAGUAGAAAAAUAGUUAUCAAACCACCAAAAAGUUUUGGCAAUCCAGCAACUGCAGAUUUUGGCAUCCAUAAUGUUAAUUCUUCACUGGAAAAUUCAUCUGCUUCCCAGAAUGCUCACAUGUUUAGGAGAGCAUUUGUGGACAAAACCGCUGGCUCUGGCCACAGAGCAAGACAAGCUAGUGGAGUUAGAAACAUGGACAAAGGAAAAACCAUAUGCACUGAUAUAUCAUCAAAUUUCCAAGAUAGCAGUAAACAUUUUGAUUUUCCAAAACAAAGUGGUAACGCCGAGCGUGGCAGUACUGUUUGUCUUUAUGGUGCACCAACACAUAUUUUGGCUGAAGAUAAGAGAAAAGGACAAACAGCGUUAAGUGACAAUUCUUCGGGAUCUUUCAUACCAGACAUUUCUAAGACAAGAAAUGCCUUAAAGGGGAAGGAAAAGAUUGAUGAGCAUGCCUCAAAAUGUUCUGGCUUAGAUAUGAAUCGUAGAGAAGUAAUCAGUCUGUCCCCUGAUAUCCAACAUAAAACUGGAGGACAUAUGUCCCCUCAUUCUGUUACCACUUCUAGAGGCAUGCGGAGAAUAAGUUUGGUAAGAGGUGGGUGUAUCUCUCCACAAAAUGUAGCAAAAGUGGAACAACUUAAAAACAGUUCCAAAAACAUUGAACAAAGUGAUGCUGGGAAUGUGGUUUAUAAUUGUCCACAACCCCUAGUAGAUCUAAGUGAUGUAAUUGCGGAAGAGAAUGGUAGUAGUGAAAGAGUGAAAGGAAAGGCUGUAUUCACUAUUCCUGAUACACCAAACGAGCAGAAGGGAAAAUCAUUCCGUGCAGCUAGCAGCAGCUUUGCAACUGGUACUGGAGAGGCGAAAGGAGUCAGCAAUGGUGGUAGAGAUGAAUCUGGAUGCUCUCAAAGUUUAGUCGGUUGGAGAAAUACACAUAAUAAUUCAAGGAAACUGGAUAAUUCUAUGGGGGAUGUGGCUUUGCAUCUUUCCAGGCAAAUGGAUGGUCGUAGAAAUUCAUUUCACCAACCAUUGGACAGAAGAACUGGGAGUAGACGAAACUCUCAGACUGAAUGUGAUUUUGCAGAAGGUCAAAAUCAGGUGUUAACAGCUCCUUCUGUCUCUCAAAUGGAACAGUCAAGAGGAGCACCUCGUGCAGAAAUGAUUCUUCCCAAAAGGCUAAAGAAACAGGGAUCUCCUUCUAGUUCUAGGAACAAUGGUGAAUGCUCUACAUCCAUUUUGGAAGACUCAGAUGUUUUGUUUCUUGGUUCUUCCAAGGAAUCAACAAACACAAGAUCAUCUAGGCUCCAUCGUUCUCGGUCUCGGGCCAUUCCAGGACAAGCUAUUGAAGUUGAUGUGUUGUCAUCUCCAGUCAGAAACUCUUCACCACAAAUUUUAGAUUGUACAGAUAAUGAUGAUUCAGAGGCCAGGGCAAGACAAGUCGAAGCAGAUGAGAUGUUGGCUCGUGAACUCCAAGAACAAUUAUACCAUGAGAUGCCUAUAGUUGGAGGCAGUGAGCAGAUCGAUGAACAUUUUGCAUGGGCAAUGCAGCGGCAGGAGAAUAGUUCUUCUGGUGCAGGUCAAAAUGAUUCACAUCUUAGAGGCUCAGAGAUGUCACUGCUACAAAGACAGCCAAGGUCAAGGUCUUCUCAGAACCGAUCAAAUAGGACUCAGAAUCCUCCAAAUAGGAGAUUGACUGGGGCUCGUGCCCCAACCUCCAGUAGAAUGGCACAGCUAAGGAGUCGUAUGUACAGACAGCAUUAUAAUGUAUCAAAUAGAGGGAGAAACUUUCGAUUUCCUUUGGACAUGGAUUUGGACAUGAGACUAGAUAUAUUGGAAGCUUUAGAGGCUGCUGUAGGGGAUCUUAAUGAUGGGGACAUGGGUAAUCACAUUUUUCAAGUUCAACGUGAUUUCAAUGAGAAUGAUUAUGAGAUGUUAUUAGCCCUCGACGAGCAAAAUCAUCAGCAUGCGGGUGCCUCAGCUAAUCAAAUUAAUAGUUUGCCCCAAUCCGUAGUACAGACUGAAAACCUUGAAGAAGCUUGUGCAAUUUGUUUAGAAAGCCCCGGCGUUGGGGAGACUAUUCGUCAUCUCCCUUGUUUGCACAAAUUUCACAAAGAUUGUAUCGAUCCAUGGCUUAGCCGAAAAACAUCAUGCCCAGUUUGCAAGUGCUCCAUUACUUAGAUUGUAUCUUGAUCUGGGCACUUCAGCCGUCUCUCAAAGAGAUCGUAUGUUGCGUUUUGGUAAGGUAAUAAUUACAGAUUCAAUUGCUUAUCUCCCAUGACAUUGGAGCAAAAGUUUUACAAAAUUUCACUAGAACGGCUGUGCCGCUGAUUUAUUGUUCAACCACAAAAUGGUUCAAGUUAUACUUCAAUGAUGGUUUUUCUGUAGUGCUGAAAAUAGGUGUUUGACACAUCCUUUUGAAUUUCUGGUCUCUAGUCUGACUGUCAUGGCUCGUGAAGAGAUUUGGUUAAGCUAAAACAUACACCACCAGUUAUAAGGUCAUAUAUUAUUAUUGCCUUGAGAAAAAACCCUUUCUCAUUUUUAUGCAUCAA